UUCAGGCGCAAAAACCGACAAACGCCAUUUUGGUCGAAAAUAAACCAUGGCGACCAUUACAUAGUACUGGUGCCGUAUUUACUGACAGCAUAUCUGUUUCUUUGCAAAAGCCGACACCUACUUCAUAAAACCCACAACAAUUCCAUGAUUCGUUUCAGAAACCGACAAGUGACGGGUAUCAUUUUUCGCAAAUACCGACAACUCCAUUUAUCCAAUCUAUACGCCGUAAUUAGUCACGUGAUUCAACAUGGCAGCGCCCAGGAUCCCUCUCAUUACUCACUAAAGUUUCUACGUAUUUUAUCGAAAAUGUCCUUUAAUAAUGGAGAACUUUGAUGACAUUGACGAGACAGUGGUAUUAUCACCAAUUGGGCGUAAACGGGAGAACAAUUCAGGCAAUUCUGGACGCUCCCUUGCAAAAAACGCGCGACAUAGUGGUGCUGAAAAACCUGCUAGCAUUUCGUGUGUACAUAAUGUACGUAAUGUGUGCUUGGCGACUUCCCUGUCCAAUGAUGAUUUAACCUACGCACAUGAUCGGUUAUAUUCUACUGAAAACAAGGUUACUCAGGAUGCCACCCUGCUUUCUUACAUGGAUAUCGGUAAAUGUGUGCGGAGGCGACCAAGGAUAGACGAUUCUUCUAAAAUUAAGAGGAAUAGAGAAAUUUCAGUGAAGUACUUCACUUUGACUGCAAACAAAGAGAAGAUACCAGUGUGCAAGGCCUCAUUCAUGAGCAUUUUCGGUGUCAAGAAAGAUCGGUUAGCGAAUAUUGCCAAAUAUUGGUCAGAGAAUGGAGUUGCGAGACCAGAACAUCGUGGAGGUGUGCGAAAUGUGGAGAGGAACCUUGCCAGAAAGCAUGCCAUUCGUGACCACAUCACAACGUUCACUUGUCGAGCUAGCCAUUAUGCUCGGCGUGGCGCCCCUGGCCGGAAAUACUUACCAGCCGACCUGAACGUCAAAAAGAUGCACCAAAUGUUUCAGGAUCAGAAUAAUUUACAGAUAUCGUAUUCACUAUACUACAGUGUUUUUGUCUACGAUUUCAACUUGGCCUUUGGUCAUCCUGCUGUGGAUAUAUGCAGCACAUGCCUGAAGUUCAGGCUACAGCUGAAGAACCCAUUCAUCACAGAUGAUAAUAAACGGAAUUGUUCGGCCAUGUUCAUUCUUCACAGGCGUAUGGCAAGGAGAUUCUAUGACAGUUUAAAUAAUGUCGAGGAUUCAUUCACCGUUUGUUUUGAUAUCAUGGAGAAUCUUGUUCUUCCGAAGUCUCCCAUAGGACAAACCUUCUAUUCUCGGCAGCUCUACCUCUAUGUUUUUUGGUGUAGUUCACCACCGCGGCCGAGGUCUUCCACAGGGAAAAGAUGA